UGAGUUGAGGGGGGGGGGGGGGGGGAUUUUGUUCUCCCUCCGUUGCCGAAUAUGGCUGUCAAUGUUUCGAUGAUCCGGGACACAAAAUGGCUGACUCUGGAGGUGUGCCGGGAAUAUCAGAGGGGGACUUGUUCCCGGUCCGAUGCAGAGUGCAAGUUUGCUCAUCCCUCACGCAGUUGCCACGUAGAGAAUGGCCGUGUCAUUGCCUGCUUUGACUCCCUGAAGAGCCGCUGUACGCGGGAGAACUGCAAGUACCUGCACCCGCCGCCGCACUUGAAAACCCAGCUGGAGAUCAACGGGCGCAACAAUCUGAUCCAGCAGAAAACGGCAGCGGCCAUGUUGGCGCAACAGAUGCAAUACCUGACGGUUUGGUGCACGCAUCAUUCAUAUCUACUUGUCUCCACCAAUCCCCAGGCUCUACCACCUGGUGCUCUUCAACAUUUACCAAAGAGGCCGGCUCUCGAGAAAGCCAACGGUGCCACGGCAAUGUUCAACCCCAGUGUGUUCCACUACCAACACGCUCUCGCUAACAUGCAGCUGCAACAACCAACAUUCAUCCCCGCAGUAGCCCUGCUGCACGGCACUGCGCCCGGCACUCUCUCCGCAACGACAGCUCCUACAGUCAACUCUCCCUUCGCUCCUACUGCCAACCAGAUGCCCAUUUUAUCUAUAGAUGACAUCAGUAACAACUUGUUUGUUACACAGAUGUAGUACACCUGACAGAUAGAACAGACAUCGGGGCUGAAGUAAUGAACAGCACUCUGGUGGGUAACUGCACAUGGCCUUUCUGUACAUACUCCCAUCACCCCCCCACCCACCACCUCCACAAGUAAGCCUACCACAGCCAACAUGCUAACCAAAACCAAAAUGAUGGGAAUGUCAAGAAGAAAAAGAAAAAGCACUAUAAAAAUGUCAAGUAUAUUUACUUCCUCCUGUUAGAACCACGCGUGUGUGUGUGUGUAGUAAUUAAAUGAGGUAUAAUACGACUUAUAUCUCAUUGGCGUAAUACAUUUAUAAUCAAUCCAUGUUAAUAGUGAAAACCAUUCUCAGCGUAUAAAGACUGUUGGUUUAAUGUA